AUGAUCGAUGAGAGACAUUCAACAGAGCGAAUUGCCUUAAAUAGAAAAAGGACUGUAACAAUCCUCUACAAGCUAUGUUAUGGCCUCAGCCAAGUGUGUAACUGGCUGCAGACUGACCAUUCUAUGUAUUUGAGGCUGUCCAAUAUUAACAUGGAAGGUCUGCAGACAGAGCAAGUAAUGGGAGGAGCUUGUAGUAGGAGUAAAGUGUACAGCCUUAUGAACACAAUGAGCCAGAAUGCAGGCAAAAAAAUUGACGACGUGGUGGCAGAAGCUAUUAUAAACAAGUGGCAACUGGUAUUAAUUGUAGAUGACUACACAACCAUUCCCUCAAUAAGACGACAACAAGACCAGGAACUCACUAAUGCCAAUUUCUUUUGUACUAUCAUCAUCAAAGUUUUCAAAAAUGUUCCAGCCAUACCUGCCUGUCAUGUCUCAAUUUAUCAUAAUCCUUCUGGUCUCAAUGUUACUUCCUGUAUAAACACAGUCUCUGGGCCAUCUACUAUGCAUAAAUUAACUCUAACAUAUUCAUCCCUGAUGCCUCCUUGGAUAACUGACACCUUUUUCAAUCCCGAAUUUGAAAGACACAGGGUAACUCCUCAUGAAUACUGCCACCAUGAGUCUGUUCAGACUAUGAAGACAAAUGGACAAUGUACAUCUUGUUAA